AUGAAUAGUCGAAUAUUCAGAAGCCACGCUUCGAUGCGAAUUCAAGGACUUGAAGAAAUACCAUUGAGCACGGUGAUUUUCCUUUCCCUUUGCCCUGUUUUCUGCAAAAAUUGUCGUCAGGUUUGGUGUUUGCACACACAGAAGAAGGAGUUAUCUAUUCUAUUAUGUUUAUUAUUUUAUUAUUGCGUUGUUUGCAUUUACUUUAGACUAGGAAAAUGCUGUUUUCUUUCAAAAAAUUGGGAAAAAAUUAAAUAAAAAAUGAAAUAUUUCUGUAGUUUUUUCAAGGCGCAGAACUGUUUCGCUUUGUGUCCCGCGGCGAUUUUCCCCGCACACAGUUUUUUUUUCAAAAAAAAUUGUUUUCCUCAAAAAAUUUCCCGAUGAAUCAUCAUUUUCCCACGCAUAAACAAUGAAAUUGCAAACAUAUUUCUUGUUGAAAUCAAGAUUGAAAGGAAUUUUUUGUCCUCCCUACAGAAAAAACCCUUUUCUAAUUGAAAAUUCUCGAUUUUCAGAUGUCCAGAAGAAGCGAUCGAUCUGAAAUGUGAGUUAUUGAUUUUUUUAAAUAUAGUUUAAAGUUUCCUUUUCAGACACGAGAAUGGAAGUCAAGCAUCAUCAUUUGCAUCUCGCCGUCCAACAAUAAAUUUCCAAGAAAUUCUUGAUGAAUUACCUGAACCUGAAAGAGAAACCGGUGAAAGAUUACGAAGACAUUUGCAAUUCUUUUUCAUGAAUCCAAUGGAAAAAUGGAAAGUUCGAAAACAAUUGCCAUAUAAAUUAGUGCUGCAAGUUUUGAAGAUUAUAUUUGUCACAGCUCAAUUGAUAUUAUUUGCUGAAAUGAGGAUGUCACAUGUGGAUUUUUUAGAAGACACAACUACUGUUAUGAGGCAUCGAUUUUUGAAGGUAAAUAAAUAUUCAAUAAAAUAAAUAAAUAAAAAUCACGUGUACUGAACGUGUUUUUCAAAAUUCCACAUCAUUUCACAAUUUUUAUUUUUCGCGAAUCGGUGAAGAAAUUCAAUUUUGAAGUGAGUCUAAAUUUUGGAAAACAUCGUGUUUUUCGCAGAUUUCCCAAAUGAGAAAUCGAUAUUGUGAUAAAUAAUCAUUUAAAUAAUUUUUAAAUAUUCCACUGAAUUUUCUCAUUUUUCCACCAGAAAUCUCAAAAAUACCGUCUAAAAUCCCAUUUUUUCACAGGAAUGGAACGAUGAUCGAGAUGCUCUUCAAUAUCCGCCAGCCGAAGGUCGUUAUUCAGUUUAUACCGAUCAAUCUCUAGAUGAACAUCUCAGUUUUAUAAUCAAUUCAUAUUAUGCAAUUCAAAAUGAUUCUUUUGCCUCAUUCAGUUAUGAUAUGAAAAAAGCAAAUAAUUUGAAAGAUACUAAUGUUUCGUUGAAUUCUGGAGUUGAUUUUACAUCGAUUCCAUUUAUUGAGGUAAGGUACUUUUUAUUUAUUGAUUUUAUUUUGGGGAAUUCCGUUCUAUUCAUAAUCAAUUAAUCAAUCAAUAUAUUUCUCCAGGUUCACAUUGAUCGAAUAUCCAAUGUCACUGUUAAUAAUAAUACUUAUGAUUUUGAUGUGACUGAAGUGAAAGAUCUCAAAACAUUAAAUCUAACAUCGGAAGAAGUUAGUCAAAUUCAAUCAUCUGAUUCGAAUGUUCGAGAUAUUUUGGCACGAAAAGGUGUGACUUUUUUGCCGGAAGAUGCGUUGAAAAUUGCCACUGCUACUUUCAAAUUCAAAUUAAGAACUAUUCAUUAUUCGCCAACUGCUGGAGAUCAGAAACCAGAAUGUUAUAAGAUUGUGGUAAGUGUUCUGGGCGAGGAGAGGAAUAUAACAAAAAACAAUUUUUUGUUGCCACGUCAUAACUCUUUCUCACAUCUCCUAAUUUAAAAUAAAGUUUUCUUCCAGGUCUCCAUAAAAUUCGAUAAUUCUCGACAUUCUGGUCAAGUUCACGUAACUCUAAGCACAGUAGUUUCCUACGAAAGUGUUUGUAAUGGACGAAUUAUUAAAGGUGGGUUGAUUUUCUAAGCCGUGGCCUAAAAAACCAAGAAAUAUUCAGGUGUUGGUUGGUCAACAGAUGCUCUAAUUAUUGGUGGAACUGAUAUUAUUGUGCUCAUUUUAUGCUUUUUGUCAUUUGUUUUGUGUUGUAGAGCACUUAUCAAAGCGCAUUUAUUGCAAAGUGUGAGUUUUAUUUUUUGAGAAACUGGAGAAAGUUUAUACUAACAAUUGCUGUUUAUUGAAAUAAUGCUUAUUUUUUGAAACGUAUAGAAGUUGGGACUUGGGAAAUGAAGCAAAAAUAAAGAAUAAACCCAGCGGUAAAAGAUUUUAACUAAGCCAAAACCUUAUUUCCAUUAUUCUUUCACUGAAAACACACCCUUCAAUUGAUUUUUUCCAGAAAACAAGUGAUUAUUUCGAAAACACUCUCAAAACCAAACUGACAGUCACAGAUCAAUUGGAUUUUUUGAAUUUAUGGUAUCUUAUGAUUGUUGUAAAUGAUAUUUUGAUCAUUCUUGGAACUGUUGCCAAAAUAUCCAUCGAAUUUCGAGAUUUCGACAAUUCACUUUUCACAUUGACAUCGAUAUUCUUGGGAAUGGGCGCAUUGAUGGUUUAUGUUGGAGUUUUGAGAUAUUUUGGAUUUUUUAGUCAGUAUAAUGUGAGUUUUUUGGGGUUGGGAGUUUGGAAAAUAUAUGGGUACUUAAAAAUGGGUACAAAAAACUAAAUCAUUUUUUUUCAAAAAUUAUAAAUUUUUUCAAUUAGAAACUAAUUUAUCAUCAGAAUUCAAAAAUUAAAAGUACAUGA